AGGUGAGUUUUUGUCAGUCAGAUUCACCACUGGUAGGUGCACAUUCCAAUUUCUUCACCCACCUGCCAAUACCCUAGCUCUAGGUAUUGUUAUUAUCUUUUUGCGGACACGACUCGUUCUGAGGUACAUCGCGCUGCUGGAUCUUGCCAUGGAUAUCAACAAGUCAACUUUCUACGCCCACUCGCUCCUCGGAGGGCGAUACGUCGCCUCUCGACGAUCAUUAUUAGAAGCUUGUCAAGCGAUAUUUCCCCGAUUUUGUUGCCCCGGGCAUGCCAUUCUAUUCCCAGAAUUUUUUGUAAAGGGAAAGACAGGAGGUGAGGUGAUCGACUUCUUAGAGUCUAAGAAAUGGGACAUAGAGCUACUCAGAAACCGUAAUCGCCUAGUCGAACAUAUGGAAAGAUUUCAGGAGGGAGGGGGGGCGAGUAUGAUCGAUACAGGGCAGUUAUGGACACGGGCGCGUUCGCCAAUAAUUCAUACUUUGAGAAUUUUCUGGGCAAAUUCGAGCAUCUGGCCGCCAGAUAGACAUAGACAGAAGUGAUGAAAACCCUGAGAACAUCCUGCCUUCUCAGGGCAUCUAAGGCUUUACAAUGUGGAUGCAGACAGUUUAAUUGUCUCCAGCGACGGAACUCGAUAACCACUGCUGACCCUGUGAGCCUCCCACUUCUUGACAAUUGGUUUCCCUUGCACCGCCUUGCGGCCCUGUGCGACGCAGCUGCUGACCAACCUGGGUUCGAAUAUGAAAAUGAAGAUGAUGACUGGUAAUCACCCCGCAGGGACGAGGAAGAAGGCUAUGGUUAUGCAGGUAUAUUUAGUUCCGAGGAGCUUGCUGGGGUAUUGUGGAAUUGUGGGAAACAGGCUCUUAAUGCUUGCGACGAGUUUACGAAUUUGUAUGGUUGGGAAAAUGUUCUUACGACAGGUUAAACUUAUUGAUUAUAUCACUCCCACACUUGGAUGACUACA